AUGGUUCUUGCAAAUGGCAUGAGUAAAGGUUGCGGAGUUGUCGAAUUUAGUACACGUCAAGAGGCUGAACGAGCUGUCAAGGAGUUGAAUGAUACCCCCCUUUUUGGUCGUCAGGUUUUUGUCCGAGAGGAUCGGGAAGAGGAAGCACGGUAUGGCUCGCUGGCUGUUUCUGGUGGGAAUGGUGGUCGUGGGCCAUUGCCCAGUGGAUUUAGUAGCCGUGGUACUGGUAGCGUCGGACGUGGAUUUUCAGGGGGGCGUAGCAGCUUUUCGGAAGGAGGCCAAUCCUGCAAGCAACUCUCUAUCUCAGGAUUACCAUUCAACGUGGGAUGGCAAGACCUCAAAGACAUGUUUCGUUCAGCCGGUAGCAUCAUUAGAGCUGAUGUUUAUUUUGAUGCUGAUGGAUCACCCACUGGCAAUGGGACGGUGAUCUUUGAGACAUCCAGAGAUGCCCAGAAUGCUAUUUCCAUGUUCAACGGCUUCGAAUAUGAAGGACGCACCAUGGAGGUCCGUGAAGAUCGCUCCGCUGGCGCUAAUUCUGGAUUCAGAGGUGGCUUCCGAGGCAGUAGUAGGGGCGGACGUGGUAGUGUCAGGGGUGGCUUUGGUAGCAGUGGUCCUGGUGGACGGGACACCACAAAUCUCUACGGAGACUACUCAGGGCAAGACGGAUCUCCGGGAAGUCCACCUGGGCAUACAGGCGCUCCCCGAGGACUCAUUGGAGGCCCUCCAUUGAGCAUCGAACCAAACCAGCAAAUCUUCGUCAAAAACCUUCCAUGGUCAACCUCAAACGAUGACUUGGUGGAACUAUUCCAAACAACCGGAAAAGUACAAAAUGCUGAAGUCUUGUUUGAGGGUGGGAGAUCCAAAGGGGUUGGUGUAGUCCAAUUUGAAACUGUUCAGGAAGCAGAAACGGCAAUUGCUAAAUUCCAAAAUUACUCUUAUGGAGGACGACCGUUAUCCCUUGAGUUCAACGGCCGUUGGCGCGACUUCUCAUUUGCCGGACCAGGCAAUUGA